AAAUGGAAAUAAUCAUUCGUUUUGUCAAAAUAUCUGAAAUAAAAGUAAACCUCCAAAUAGUCUGAGAUAUACCAAUGUUCUAGAACUUGACCUGAGUAAUAUAUUUUAGUUGUCUUUUAACCAUUAUUUUUUUUUAGGUGGAAGGGGUGGUCAUGUUCUAGAAUUUGACCUCUAUUUUUUUUUUAUUUACGGUGAUCGAUGUUAUAAAUGUUCAGAAACGUUUAUGAUUUUCCAGUUUUGUACAAACUAAAGUCUGUGCUUGGUCGGAAUCUUUUAAAGCAACUAGUGACAAGCGUUUCGGUAACAACCAUGGAAAAAGCUGUUCGACCGGAAUACGAUGGAACCCCGGGAAGAAGCGUUAUAGACAAAAAAGGAGCCUUUCAGAGAUCCCAGUCGGCCUUCCGAAACUGGGUGACAGCUGACGGGUCUUCUGGUUUUAAGGCACAACCUGGUCGCUAUCAUCUCUACGUUUCUUUGGCCUGUCCAUGGGCUCACAGGACGCUGAUCCUCCGGAAGUUAAAAGGGUUGGAUGAUGUCAUAUCCGUUAACAUAGUUGAUUGGCUGUUAAAUUUUGAGACUGGAUGGGAAUUCAACGAAAAGAGAGAUGGCUGUACUCCUGAUACUGUCAAUAGCGUCAAAUACUUAAAAGAGGUUUACAGGAAAGUUGAUCCAGAUUACAAUAAAAGUGUAACAGUUCCUGUAUUAUGGGACAAAGAGACAAAGACGAUCGUAAACAACGAAUCGAGCGAAAUCAUCAGAAUGCUCAACUCAGAAUUUAACGACUUCUGCAAAACUGAGGAACAAAAACAAUUGGAUUUUUAUCCUGAGAAUCUGAGAAAAUCUAUUGAUGACAUAAAUGAGUGGAUAUACCCAAACAUAAACAAUGGGGUAUACAGGGCUGGAUUUGCCAGGACACAAGAAGCUUACGACGAAGCGGUGUUCGGCCUUUUUGAUGCCCUGGAUAAGGUGGAGUCCAUUUUGUCCAAGCAACGAUAUCUGGUCGGAUCCAGUUUAACAGAGGCCGACAUCCGGUUGUUCGUUACAUUGGUCCGCUUUGAUUCAGUAUAUGAGCAACAUUUCAAAUGUAACAAGAAGAGGAUACUUGACUAUCCUAACAUAUGGCCGUAUGUAAGGGAUAUUUAUCAAAUACCAGGAAUCGCAGAAACAAUUAAUAUGGAACAUAUAAAGAAACAUUACAUGAUGAGUCACCGUUCAAUCAACCAGUACGGAAUAGUGUGUAUAGGACCCGACCUCGACUUCAUGGCUCCACAUGGUAGAGACAAAAAGUACUGACCAGGAGAAAGACUUGAAAGUUAAUAUAUACCACAUGGACUCCUAUGAGAUUAAUGUAGUGACUUGCAAAAUGACUUACAAUAUAUAUAUUUAUAUUUUCAUGAUGAUAUACAAGUAUAUAAGCAACACCAUGUACAUGUAUGUCCGAUAUCACUCCAAUACCGGUGUUUCCACUUUUGUCUACAUGUAGAUGUAAUUGUAAUUGUCCUUUUUUUUAAUUAUUGAUAUUACAUUGGUGUUUUGAUUUGGACGACUUUUUAUUUUGUUGCAAAGAAACUGUACAUAGUUUGUUCUUUAAUACAUGUAGUUUAAUUAAAAUAUUUCAUAAUUUAA